AUUGUUGAAAAUCAGCAAAAAUCCAAGGCAGCCAUUUAUAUGUCCAACAUUAAGUGUAAAGAUUGGAAUGCCAUCAAGAAAGCUACCAGCCUCAAGCUUGUGGCAAUUGAUUUUAUUAUAGAAUACAAGGUAAAAUGUAAAGCAUUCCAAUGGGACGAUCGACCAGAAAGGGAUCAAAAGGACAGAUAUCUACCUUAUCUUAGAGAUACUUUGAAUUCUAAAUAUAGAAAUUUUGAAUUAUAUGAUGCUUCAAAAAACAAUAGCUUUCUAAGUAUGAGUGAAGAUACCUUACCAAUUAGGCUUAUUGGUACUACGGAUGUAGCUAUU